GACAGUAGGGUCGGGUGUUUUGAACACACGAAUCAAGAUCAUCAUUCGCCACCGUAUUCCCCACAUUUCAACACGGGCCAAUAAUAACCCAGAGUCAUACCCACCUCUCCAACCCAUCCAAACCUCCCCAUCAUGACCAUGGUGAUGGCGCUGAAGAACGUUAGGGUUUUCUUCCUCGCUCUCCUCUUUCUCUCGUCUUCUUUACUCCAAGUUGCUAGGUGUCAAGUGGGUUCAGAUGUGGAGCCUACAGAGGCCGUUGAAGAAGUGGGUGAUCUUGGGAUCGUUGGUGAGGAUGCCCAAGAUUUUGGUGAUGAGAAUUUUAGCCCAGCUCCAGGAGUUAAUACAGUCUGUGUUUUCCCGAAGAAUAGUGCUCGAGUGGUGCCAGCUGGAGAAGAGACUGAGCUAUUAGUUGGAAUGAAAAAUGAUGGGGACUCAACCUUGAAUGUCAUUGCAAUUAAGGCCAGCAUUCAUCUUCCUUUCGAUCAUCAGCUGCUGGUUCAAAAUCUCACUGCACAGGCUUUCAACAACGCGUCAGUACCAGCUUCAGCACAGGCUACUUUCCCAUACAUAUUUGCUGUUAGCAAGUUCUUGCAGCCUGGAACCUUUGACCUUGUAGGCACCAUUAUUUAUGAAAUUGACCAGAAUCCAUACCAGAGCACCUUCUAUAAUGGUACCAUUGAAGUUGUUGAGGCAGGGAAUUUUCUGAGCAUUGAGUCUGUUUUCCUUGUUACACUUGCAAUUUCACUUCUUGUUCUCCUGGGCACAUGGAUUCGUGGUCAAAUAAAGAACCUUUCCAAGAAAACUAAGAGGGCUCCCAAGGUGGAAGUUGGAACUAAGACUACAGAUGCGUCAAUGGAUGAGUGGCUUCAGGGAACCGCAUAUACUCAGUCCUUGUCCAGCAAAUCAAAGAAGAAAAAGUAGAUAAGCAUUCACAUCUGGUUAAGCUGCACAAGCCACUUCACCAAAGUUCGACUCUUGUAACUCUAGCUAGGCAGUUAGAGAUUUGAAGAGAGCUCCAAAAACUGCAAGUAGUUUUGAAAAUUAGACCAGAAAAGCUUGUCUUUCUGUUGUAGUUUUUCGAAUAUAUUUUAAAUUAAAAGUUUCUUAAAGAUGAAUUUGAUCAUUUUGAGGUAAAACUAACACAGAUUUGAGUUAGGAGGGAUACAAUUUUCUGUGAAACUGAAAAUUUUCUGUGACAGCCAUUUUUAUAUUACAAUUUCACCAAUGCAGUUUCUUGUGGA